AUGAAUAAUUGUCUCUUAGGAAAACCAGUGAGUAGCAUGAACCUUGAUGAGCUUCUAAAAACUGUGUACACUGUUGAAGAAAACCAUUCAACCAAAGCUGGAGUUGUUGUUGAAGCAUUUUCUACCGUUGUUAAUCCUCAACAACCACAAUACCAAAUUCCACAACAAGGUUUAAUGGGGAUUUACAUGACUGGCCAGAACAUAGCACAAUCGUUACACACACGAGCUACUGCUACAUCACAAGAUAAGACCUUUGAGAGAAGACAAAAGAGGAUGAUUAAGAAUAGAGAAUCUGCUGCACGUUCUAGAGCAAGAAAACAA